AUGCAUGCUCCGAAUCGCAGUCGCGACGACUCUCUGUCUGGUCGCGGCUACCAAGGACCCCCCCUAGCCCAUGAUCCAUACGCUGCUGCAGCCAGCAGAACUGCUGUUCCUAUCCAGAAUUCCCCGCCAUUGUCACAGGGCUCGACCGACAACAGCCUCUCUAGUCGCGCUCACUCGCGGCGCUCACCUAGCGCAACCAACAGCCACCUUUCUUCCUCGAGUUCCGUCAGCGGCGGUCCUGGCCUGUACUCGCCAGCCGCUAGCGAGUUCAGAAGACAGUCAGUCAAGUCGAACAACCAGGAAGCUGCAUUGGCCCACCAUUACUCGGUACUCAAGGUUUACCUCGCACCCUACUUGAGAGACGAGCAGGGAAACACACGGCCGACACGAGCAAGGGAUAAGUUGCUCCGUCUUUCGCCUACGCAGUUCAAUGAGCUGAGUACCGACGUAUUCGACGAGCUGCAGAGACGCGAGGAUGAUCGCCGACGACCAGGAGGCAUUGUGCCUCCGUCUCUCCCACCCAGAAACAUUUUCCACCCCAAGAGAAACCAAGCACGCCAAAAGCUCUCCACCCUUCCUCCAGAGCGAUUCCGACAACUUGCGACCGAUGUCUUCUUUGAACUCGGGAGCCGAAUGCCAAAUCUCCUUGGUCCCGAUGGGGACAGACCUGCCAGUCCCACAGGCAGUGUAGCAAGCAGAGUGUCGAGCCGACAGCACCCACCAUACGCCAUGCGCCGUCCGUCGGGCCAACAGAAUGGCAUGCGCGGGCCUCCUCCAGCCGGCAUCAGGCCCGGACCACCUAGCAAUGGGCCCCCAAGCAGUAGUUUCGGAAGACCACUCCCACAAACUUUCCAGAGCAAUACCAUGGUCCCCAACAAAAGCACCAUGGUAGAAGACGACGAAACCGACGAAGACGACGACGAGACAUAUGGCCUGGGACAAGUCUCCGGCACUAGCGAGAAAGACGCCGAAACAAUGAGAGCCUUUGAACACCAGGUGUCAGAACUCGAGGCCAAGAUUGCAGAUUUGGAAGCAAAACUACACGACAAGGACGCAGAAAUUGAAACACACAAACAAGAUCACAGCAGAGACAGGAACGAGUGGUCACAGACACGAGAAGAGCAUGAUCUAAAGAUGGUCGAGUCACAGAAGACCCUGGACACAUUACACGCCGAACUCGAGCACACCAGAGCGGAUCGUGACCAAUCUGAGUCCAAUCUGCGUGCUCAUACGGAACAAGCGAUGCUCCGAGCUAACGCAACGUCGGCCAAGUCGCUGGAUCAUGACAACGAUUGGCAGCAACGCUACAAGGAAUUGGAGCAAGAGCUGUUGCAACACAGAAAGACUACAGCCGAGGUACGUCUCACUGCCGAGCAACAUCUGCAGGAGAUGCGCCUGCUGUCAGAGCAGAGUGAGACAGCCAUGGAAAGGGAGGAAGAAUUGCAAUCACGAAUUGCAGCCCUAGAAGUAGAGAACGAGCAAUGGAGAAUUCGCUACGCGAAGACCAAGACACAGUUGAGAACGCUCAAAGCAUCUUCGAUCGGCUUGUCGAUGGAGCACAUGGCUGCAAGAGCACUAUCAUCCAAGCACGAACACAUCAAGUCGAACGGCCUGGUAAAGGAUAUGGAUGUGACGAACUUCCAAAUUUCAAUCGAUGAGUUGCUACAAGCAGCACGCGAUGGGUCUUCUGCCCGUCACUCGGCGCUCGACAAGGCCAAGGCUGUUGUUUUAAGCGUGCGAAACAUGACAUCUGCUGUCGACGGUUCAUUCUCGAAUCUUGGUUCUCCUCACUCUUCGACUACUCAUCUCUCGCAAAGCACAAUGGGCCCGACUCCCGAGAAACUCAAGGCCCGCGUGUCUCGCGAUGCCAACAACCUUGUUACGGUGACUCGCAAUCACGCAGCAGCCAAAGGUCUGGCACCGAUAUCACUUGUCGAUGCAGCAGCCAGCAAUCUGACCACAUCCGUGGUUGAGUUCGUCAAGGUUGUUGGUGUUCGCGACACUCAAAACGACAGCGACGACGACUCUUCUAUCGACGGAGAAGACAUUGAAAUCGAAGAGAUUGCCCCUCUGUCAAUGACGGGCAACAAGCCAGUUGUUCUCAAGGCACCUGUUCCGCCUCAGAAGCAACAGGCGGGUACUGGAUGGUUCUCGAUGCUCAAAGGACCAAAGAGCGAGCACAGCGACGACGAAGAUGAAUACGACUUCAGCUAA